AUGUCGUCAGCUGCCUUUGGUCUAUUAAUCAUUACGAUUGUGUUUGUUUUCGUUUCCCGAACGCUCUUGCAGCAAAAAACGUCAAAAAGGCAUCCAAAGGAUGCUUUAGGGAAAACAUCAAUUUUUGAUAUUCAGCCCGUGAGGGAUGAUUUUGAUUGGAAAAAGGAAGAAGUUGCUCAAUACAGGGUUUUCAAAGAUGGCCCGUAUACUAUGAAAUUAGGUCUAGAGAAAUGUACUUAUAGUGGAUUGUUACUUAUUGAUCUGAUGUACUUGAAACUAACAAAUACAAAAAUCAAAAUAAUCGAGAAUCAUGGCUCAAAAGUUAUGGGUAUUGAUGAACUUGGUAUCGAUCCAAUGAAUGAGUGCUAUGAAACUUGCAUUAACAUUUUAUUGAAAAAGUAUCCUAAAUACUUUUUCAUAGACGCUCAAGAUCCAACAAAGUUUAUUAAUCAAAUACGUAAUGAAUCUUUCCCCCUUGAUCCGUCCCUGUUUAAAGGAACUGAAGUAAUUGAAGUGCUUUCGAGGAAUAUCCAGGAGGAUUUUUUUGUUUUUUUACCUGAAAAUCCUGAUGGGACUGGAGAACAUGUUUUGAGAGCGGGAGUUUUUGCAUGUUCACCUGGUGUUGAUUUUAGGGAUAAAAUUAGUAAUAAUUUAACUGGGAUUCAUGAACCUGUGCCUUACUAUAAGGAUAAUCUUCAGUUUAGUAUGAAUAAGUUUUUCUCAAGAAUUAAGGUUGGUCAAUGCUUUCAAAGGAAAAAUUGGCAUAUGCAAGCCAAUAAUAAUUUUUAUGAUCCAUACGUUCCAUUUUCAGAGCCCAAGUUUAUUGAUGCCCAAUCGGCUAACUUUGAUGAGUUCAGUUUUAGAUAUGAAAGACAAACAUUCACUAGGCUCCCAAAAACUGGUGCUUUCUUUGCGACUAUAAGAACAUUCUUAACUCCUUUAUCUCUGGUAAGGAAUGAAGGAAGGGCCAUGGAAUUGGUUGGUGCUAUAAAUGGUAUGGAUGAUACCUAUGGCGCUUAUAGGUUGCGUCAUGAAUGGGGAAUGCCAGCCGUGGCUUUUCUUAAAGGUGAAACUGAUGGAAUCACUCCAAGUAUUAUGAGUAGAGAGGAAUUGAAAAGAAGAUUCUGUCCUAUGUAG